AUGGAACCAUUCCCUACUCGUAUUCUUGUAGUCUCUGGUGCUCAAGAAGGAAGUGCCCUCUCUAGGACUAUGAAAACUAUUUGUGAUGAAAUUACUCGAUUAGGAUCAGUUCCUGUAUUUGUUAGUAAUUGGCAUGAUGCUUAUGCUGAAUUAAAAGAGACUAUUGACAUCAGUGCUAUUUUAGUUGAUUGGGACCAAGACUAUGUAAGAUGUAAAGAUGCUAUGAAAAAGUAUAUUAUGCCAAGACAUGCACAAAUUUUUGACCAUAAAGUUCUUGUACUUCCUGCAUCUCAAAGAGAUCCAUUUUGUGGUUCUAAAUCUCCGUUAAUGAAAUUAGAAGCUGAAGGAUAUAAUCUUGUUGUGCCACGUUCUUAUCCACAGGAAAAAAUUGACCAAUUGCAAAAUGUUCCAAGUUAUGAUGAACUUCUUAAUUUCCUUGAAAAAGAAAAGCUUAAAGUUGUUCCAUCACCACUUAAUGUUAUCCGUUCUUUUAAGUCAAUCAAUCGUAAAGUUUUAAUAUUCCUUUAUACUGAGAAAUUAGUUGUUGAAAGACUUCCAAUUCAAGUACUUGAAUCUAUUCAAGCUUAUAUCUGGAAGAAUGAAGAAACUCCACAUUUUGUUGCAAAGAGAAUUGUUGCUUCAAGUUAUGAAUAUGUAGAAGAUAUUCUUCCACCAUUCUUUAAAGCAUUAGUUAAAUAUGUUCACAAAGGGAAAUAUUCAUGGCAUUGUCCAGGACACAUGGGUGGUGUUGCAUUUCUUAGAUCACCACCAGGAAAAUUUUUCUUUGAUUUCUUUGGAGAAAAUAUGUUAGCUGCUGAUUUGUGUAAUGCUGUUGGAGAAUUAGGUGGUUUAUUAAAUCAUUUUGGACCAAUUGGAGAUGCAGAGAAAUAUGCCUCAAAAGUGUUUGGUUCUGAGUAUACAUAUUUUGUUAUGAACGGUACUUCAACAGCCAAUAAAAUGGUCUUUCAAGGAACUGCUGUUGCUGGAGAUGUUAUUGUUCUUGAUAGAAAUUCACAUAAAAGUUCUAUGCAAGCUAUCAUGUUAGGUAAUUAUAAACCAAUUUAUGUAACUCCUGUAAGAAACAAGUAUGGUAUUAUUGGACCAAUUCCAUUCUCUGAAUUUAAUGUUGACUCUCUUUAUAAAAAAGCACAAAAAUUACCAUAUAUGUCUUCAGCUGAUAUUCAAAAUGAUAUUAAAUUAUUAGUACUAACUCAAUGCACUUACGAUGGUAUUUGUUAUAAUGUUGCUAAGGUUCUUUCUAAAUUACAAGAGUUAGAUACAAAAAAUAUGUUAUUUGAUGAAGCAUGGUUCCCUUAUGCACAUUUCCAUCCAUUUUAUGCUUCAUAUCAUUCAAUGAAUAAAUCUUAUUUUGAUAAACUUGAAGAAGAUUCUUUAUUCCAUGGUAGUGCUUAUAUUGAAGAAGAUAGUGAAGAUGAAGAAAUUCAUCGUGGACCAACUCCAUCUGCUUAUAAAGGAACAAUUUUUGCUACACAAUCAACUCAUAAAGUGUUAGCUGCUUUGUCACAAGGAAGUAUGGUUCAUGUAAGAAAUUCACCAGAUCCAUUCCACUUUGAUCGUUUCAAUACUUAUUUCCAAGCAAAUACAACUACAUCUCCACAAUAUAGUUUGAUUGCAUCAUUAGAUAUGUCAAGUGCUAUUAUGGAUGUCUCAGGAGAAUCAAUUCUUGACGAUGUAUUAAAAGAAGUUAUUUCAUUUAGAUGUGCUAUGGCACGUGUAAAAGUUGAGUUUAAAGAAAGUGAAGAAGGAUGGUUCUUUGGAUGUUGGCAACCAAAAGACAUUUUAUCAGGAAAGAAAAAUAUCUAUGACACUUCUUAUUGGGUUCUUCCACCAAGUGGACCUGAUGCAUGGCACGGAUUUCCUAAUAUUGGAAAAAAUCAAUACCUUCUUGAUCCACUUAAAGUUAACUUAUUAACAGUAGAUGAAGAGGCUGGUGUUGAAAUUCCUGCAUGUGUUGUUGUUAAAUUCCUUGCAAUGAAUGGAAUUAUUAUGGAAAAGAUGGGAUAUUAUACUAUGCUUUCAUUAUUCUCUAUUGGAUCAAGAAGAGGAAAGUCUGCUACUCUUGUUACUGCAUUAACUCAAUUUAAGAAGUUAUAUGAUAGCAACACUCAAUUAAAAUAUGUGUUUACUCAAGAAAAGAAUUUAGAGUUUGGUAAUGUUGGAUUGAAAGAUUUUUGUGAAAUGAUGAACCCUGAAAUUAAGAGAAUGCAAGAAAUGGAGAAUGAGGUUUAUUCAGGAAAACUUCCUGAAGUUGCUUGUAUUCCAUUUAAAGCUUCAUGUGCUUUAGUUGAUAAUAAUGUAGAAUGGGUUCCUGUUGAACAAUUAACAGGAAGAACAAGUGCAUUGUUAGUUGUUAAUUACCCACCAGGAAUUCCUACAGUUAUGCCAGGAGAAGUUUUUGAUAAAAUUCAUACUGACUUAAUGGUUGCUCUUGCUCAUUUUGGAGAAAAAUGGCCAGGAUAUGAAUUUGAAGUCCAUGGAUUAGUUUGCAAGAAUGGAAAAUAUUAUAUUCCAUGUUUGAAGCAAUGA